ACAAACCAUGGAUAUAUAACGAUGUAUGAAAAAACGCUGUGUAUGGCGUUGUCUCACCAAGUUAUGAAUUAUUUUCAAAAAUUACUUAUUAAAUCACGCUGUAACACUGGAUAAUUUCAGUGUGCAGGUAGUCCGCGAUCCGGUUAAAGUUUUUUUACCGGGACAAUUUGUACUUUGUUGUUUUAUUUGAACCACUUUGCUAACGUUAGCAGGUUAUCGAGGCAACGUUAGCCAAAAAAGCUAACUGUUAAUGUUACAGUAAGUUAAGCUUGAUAUGCAAAAUGCACAGCACGAUAGACUUUAAAUGUCCUUUGCGACCGUUGUGAAAGUGGAAUAGUGUUCAUACAAAGAGGACGAUGCCACGCUUGCAGUCCGGUGUUUGGAAGCAUUUCACUCCGGCUAUCAAAGAUGGGAGGGAGACCUUCAUCUGCAACUACUGUUCAAAAACAUACACAAAAAAUGCUACCAAGAUGCAGAUGCAUUUGGACAAAUGCAAGGAGUACUCCGUGGUUUCGCAGCAGUCACCGGGCCCAGAUGGGAGCUCCUCUGCCUCCAUUCCCGUUCCCUCCUUCUCGUUCUUACCAUCUGCCACUCCUGGGGGACAGUUCCUCAUUGAUUCAGUGGAUCAGCGCAGCCAGGCGUAUGCUGACGAGUGCCUGGCAAGAGCUGUCUAUGCCACUUCCUCACCCCUCACUAUCACAGACAAUAUUUACUGGAAACGAUUUUUCAGCGUGCUUCGACCUGCUUACUGUCCGCCUACCAGAGAGGCUUUGUCCUCUCAUCUCUUGGACUGUGAGUAUGACCGAGUACAAAGCGAGGUUCAUGAUGCUAUAGGGAAAGCAGACUGUGUCACCAUCAUCUGCAGUGGCUGGUCUGACAUAAAAGAAACUGGGACAAUCAUUUAUGUGGUUGCAACCCCUGUGCCACUGUUUUACAAAUGUACAAAGACAGGGGAGCAGACACACCCAAGCAUGUUUAUGGCUGAGGAACUGAAAGAUAUUAUAAAUGAAGUGGGUCCACAAAAGGUCUUUGCUGUUGUCACUGAUGACGCCCCGGAAGUGACGGCAGCUUGGGCUCAAGUAGAGGAAGCGUUCCCACACAUAUCAGCUAUUGGCUGCACAGCGUGUGGCAUCCAGCAGCUCUUUGAUGACACGGUUGCACAGCCAUCUGUGAAGGCUCUGUGCAGCAGAGCUGAGCAGGUGGUGAGGUAUGUUAGAGAGCAAAAAAUAUUAGCAAGGACCUUUAAAUGCUGGCAGACUACAAAGAUAAGAAACCACACAGCUAAUGGGACAACAUUGGCACUGCCUGUUAGCGCCGACUGGACUGGUGUGGUUAACAUGUUUAACAGCCUCCUGGAGGCUCAGAACACUCUACAAGAGAUGGCCGUCUCCCCCACACUGGAUGUUGAAGCAUCCGUCAGGGCCACAGUACAGGAUGCAGCAUUUUGGAAAGGGUUAAGCAGCUGUCGAAACCUGCUCUACUUGAUUGGGAAUUAUAUUGAUUACAUGAAAAGAGAAGAUACUGUACUUUCGGGUGUUGUUGACAUGUUCAGUCAGUUAAAAUACCACAUUGGAACUUCGCUGUCUGGGUCUGUGCUGCAUAGUGCUGAACAGAGAGCUGUCAUGGCAUCAUUAGACAGGUGUCAGGAGUUUUGCGUGAAGCCCAUCCACGCAGCAGCUUACAUGCUGGAUCCAAAGUACGUUGGACAGCAGACACUCUCCGGGGAGCAGAUAAACAGUGCUUACUAUGUGAUAUCUAAGCUGUCACAUCAUUUAAAUCUUGACGAGGGUAAAGUGCUCGGCAGCUUCGCCAGAUUCUCAGCCAAGCAGGGACUAUGGAAGGGGGCCGGGAUAUGGAGCUCAUGCCAGCACGUGUCCGCAUCCACCUGGUGGAAAGGGCUGUGUUCCUCUGAGCCGCUGUCCGCUGUGGCUGCUGCUAUACUUCAGAUCCCACCAACAACAGGUGCUUGCGAGCGCCUCCGGUCGAGCUUGUGCCAUACAGGUGCAAAAAAGGUGCAGGGUUCUCUCUCAGCUGGCAGGGUGCAAAAACUGGUUGCAGUACAGGUGAAUCUCAGCCUUUUAGAGCCAAGCGAUUGUGAGUGUGCUCCGCUGGAGAGCGAGGAAGAGAAGAAAGUUUCAAUCUGAAAGUCAGUAGUAAGACGAAAUGUGACCAUGUGGAUUGUGAAGGACAUUUAACCUUACAAGUCAACAAAAAAAAUGAAAUUCACAAAGAGUGUCUGACUCUGAUGCCUUCAUUUGUUUUAAUCAUAUACAUGUAGUAGGGUUUUUUUAAUUACAGUUUCAUAUAGUGUGUAUCAAUUUUAUAAUCGCAAUAUGAACUAUUAACAGAUUAAGAGGUCUAAUCAUUGCUGUUAAAGUGUUUACAUGGUGUAAAUAAAACCACUGUAUUUAUUGAAGAUAGAA